AUGAGAGGUCAAAGGUCAACAGUUGAAAACAUGGUCAAACAGCAGCGGAGAGCCGACAGGUUAGGAGGGAACAUGUGGGAACAGCUGUGAUACAUAUUAAAGAACCAGUAAUACUUAAAUAAGGUUUUCACUCAUAAAAAUCUCCCUGCAGGUGUCUCAUGCCUGCUGUUCAAUUCCCUGUGGACCCUAUGUGGAGGAGACAGCCCACUACUCCACAGGUACACUGAGAAAUGGCACCACCCCACCAUCUGACACAGACUUACUGUACUUUCACCAACUUGUCUUUCUUUUACAGGUUUCAGGGGAAAAGUCGGCAGGGUCAGAGACAGGAGGCUCUGACAGCAAAGUAGGCUGCAGCUCUACCACCACAGAAGAAGAGAAAGGAGGCCUGGGACCAGAUGGAGGUCCAGGAGAGACACAGACAAAGAGGGCAAGACUUGAAGGGUCAGUGACGCAAUGACAUUAGGGGUUGAGGGCCAAGAACCAUAGACUGUAUAUAGAAUGGACAGAGUCUGUCUCCUCGCUGGGUGAAGCCACUCCGAGAACAGCACCCUCUGUUGACGUAUAGGUCAUAGAUCCCGCCUCCGCCAGCAAAGCUUAUGGAGCUGUGGACAAACUUCAGAAAUUUAUUACACAGAACAUAAAUUUUUCUUCCCCCCUGGUUGUGAUGUUGACAUGUAGUUAUUGUAAGACUGGUUUGUGCUCAAGUCCUCUUUUUUCUGUACAGCUCAAUUUUUAAAAGUUAUUAGGGGGUUCAUGUUUUCUAUGAUUGACACUUGAUCCAGCCUAUGGGUGUAUGAAGAUUGUGUAGCUCACCCAGGAGAUACGCUGUUUGAGCCGAGCGUCAUCACAGCAAGUGGUGGAGUACAUACAACGCUCAUGCACAAUGUUGGUUUCAGGAAAUGGAGAAAAAACGCAGAGUUACCGAGAGCUUCAAAUCCGUAUACUGGCGGGAGGCAGAACCAAGUUGUCCAUAGUAAAUACAGUCUAUGCCCAGAUCAGGGUUCCAAAGUUUGAACUUUUUCCUGAGACAGAUUCCAUCAGUCAUUCCAUCAUUCUAUCACUGGGGAGUGCAUCGAGUACUGCUAUAUAAAAAAGGGGGAAAAACUAGUGUGUGUUUUUCGUUUCACAGACCUCAGCAGGCUGCAGCUGUAACCAGUGAAGAGAGAGUCCUUAAGUUUUCAGGAAGUGAGAGCAGCUCCAUACAAGGUACUCAAGGUGGAUCAUCAGCGUCCCCCAUCAUAGAGGACCAACUCACUGUGUUGCCAUGCACUGUGCUAAGUGAUAUGACCUCAAAUAAUUAUCAUUUACUGAUCAUUUUAUCUUUUGUGGAUGAUUAACUGUUAUUUUGACUUUUGUUGAGUCAAGGGUCUUCAUAAGAUGUCUAAACCCAUUGGGACCCAUAUCUUAAGUGAUGUAGUGGGAAACAGCAUCUGUCUAAUUUUCCCUUAAAGUCCCACUCCCACUCUACUUUUUUUUAACCAUUAAAGUGUUCUCAGUGGUCUUUAAAUUGUGAUUAUGAAUUAUUCUCUGUAUUGUUCUCUGUAGAGCUCAAGUAGCUCAUGAACAAUUUGCGUCUGAGUUGUGCUACUCUGCACACUCCUCUUCAUGCUAGCUUGCAACAUUGCCCGUACAGCAGAAGUAGCAGGUAAUGUAGAAGCUAUUCAGCUGUCAGACGCUUGUGUCUUUGGGGACAUGUUGAAAGCUAAUCAUAAUUAUCUUUCAUACGAGCAUUGCAAUCUGCUAACGCACAUGCGUUUUAUGUGAUCGUCCUUUCUACUUCUUGGAGUGUGGCCUGCAGAGUGGGCCGCCAGUAGUGGAGCUUGGAUUUGUGAAGUAGGAAAUCCCACUGUGUCUGAACCUACCGUUUUGGUCACAGCGAUUUGAAUGCAGAAAUACUCAGAAAUGCAAUUUUGCGCUUAGUUUUUUCAUGAUAUGUCCAAGUGUGGUCACUUAACCCUUACAUUUCACUCCCCAAGUAGGUGCAUAGGCUCAAAAACUCUGGAAACUUUCCCAGUACAUCAGACCUUGUAAAAAAAUUAUUUUAAUGGUGUUGGACAUAGGUAUGAAAAUCAGCUCACAAGUGCCCCCUAACAGUUUUUGAAACUCCAAAGAGAACUGCACAACUACAGUUCAAGGGUUCAAAUGUCUGUGUAUGUGUGUGUUUUUAGAUGGUGUUUCAUCCAGAUUCACUCUAGAUCAGCAGGAGGCAGCAGAGCUCAGUGAGGACAGCAGAGCUGCAGAGGUGAUGUCAGGUGGACAGUAGUGUGACAUUAUCAUUGACUUUGGCCCAGAUCCUGACUGUGUGUGUUUGUGGGUAUCAGCUGCAGAGCGUGGCGUCCCUGAAGGUCACCAUCCAGCAGAGCAGCGAGAGCAGAGAGUUCGGGCAGACAGACAGAACAGCUGACAGACAGACAGGCGGACUCCACUGCCAUGUGUGUAACAUCAGCUGCCACUCCGUUCAGGUAUGAACAAACCUGCACAGGUGGUCUGCAGCAAAUCAUCUAAAAGCUGAUUUUUCUUCAUCUGCAUGAUGGUUUAGGUCCUCACAAAUAUAGAGGUCUAAGUGUUUGUGUGUGUGUGUUUUGCAGGUAUUUCAGGAACACAUGACAGCUUCAGAACACCUGAUGAAGAUAAAUGAGAUCACACAGUCCAUCAGUGUCAAGGAUAGGUAAACAACACACACACACACACAUUUGUUGUCCUAUGCUCAUCCAUUUUACAGACACUGGCCCUCAUUUAUCAAUCUUGCGUAGAACUGAGUGCAGAUCUGAGUGCAGGAUUCAUAGUCCGAUAGGACACACGUGAGAUUUAUGAAAGGGUUCGUAUCUGACCAAUCCCAGCGUACGUUUGAUCGGGUCUUGAUAAAUGCGGUGGCUGAAAUCAAUCGUCAUUAACAUGUUUACGCCCUUAAAUAUUCAUGGUUCAGAAGCCUCGUCCACUGAGGUCAAACAUGAAAGAGGAGAAAUGUUAGAAAGAUGCGAAACUUUUCCGAGCUGAAAGUGGAUAUCCUCACGUCUGUGGUGGAAACUAACAAGGAUUUUCUCUUUGGAAGCAUCAAAACUGGUAUAAAAGCAGUCCAGAAAACUCCUAGGCCAUGAGCCAGGGGGGUUGGUCGGUAUCAACUGAGGGGAAUAAUGCUCAUAGUGAUUUUUGACAUUGUAUACAGGUAUAGAGUUAGAAAAUAUGUGAUAGCAUUGCAGCAGUGGUAGCUAAAUGGGUGCUAUCAUGCAUUUUAUUUUAUAACACUAGGUGAAAAUUACAUGGGUCAAUAUAUGAAAACAUACAACUUAACCGCCCAAAAAACCUAUAGAAAGGGUUUCUUUUCACCAUACAUCAUUUCUAUAAGGUGUCUAGACUAACAUAAUAUAAAAGUCCUAUGAAAUCCUAGUCGGAAAAGUAUGUUAAUUUUGCCAGACAACAAUACGCAAAUGAGCUCAAAACUCAUUAAAAUUUGCCCAAAAUACUCAUUUUCCUCUGAACUAUUAUCACAGUGAAACUAUUAUCACAGUGAAAGCACAUUGAAAGAGGGUGAUGGCAAUGCUGCUUUUGGACUGGCCUCUAACCUGAAAACUGCCCGGCUUGGUUGUACCUACCAGGGGUAUAACCCCGGCCGGUGUAGUUUUCAGGGUCACUGAGGCACAUAAGGUAGCAACAAUAGGGGAGGGUUUUUUUUUUUCUUUUUUUUUUUUUGUAUGUUUUUUUUCUUGCCUGGACCCAGGCCCCCUUCUCUACAUGUCAGAGUUAUCAAAUAGGCCUAUUCAUUAAGGACAUAACAAAUUUAUCUUAUUUUAUUUACGUCUUUAUCUUUAAUUAAAUCUGGCUGAUUGUGUUUAAUGACAGGUUUGAGGUUUGUAUAUCAAUUAUUUUGCGACAGACAUUUGCUGCACUGCAAAUCUGCACUUAAUCAAACUUGCGUACACGAUGUGAGACCUGUCGUGACAUUUGAUCGUAUCGUACGCACACGUUCGAAUUGAUAAAUGCCGAUCCUUGCGUGGAAAUGGUCGUAUGUAUGGUUUCUGCCAUACAUUUGUUUGAUAAAUGAGGGCCAUUGUGCUGUUUAUUUAAGCAAUUUCAUUUCAUUGUUCCACCUAUGUCCUCCAGGGGGCGUCCAUCUCAUACACAGCGCUGGUGUGACACCUGUCAGGCUCACUUUAGCGGUGAUGUCAUUACCCACAGACGGACCAAACAGCACAAGGUGGGAACACUUCUCAAACGUAGCUGUUUUCAUUUGGAUUUCUGUAAUGGGAGGUUUUUCCUCCUCAAGUGGUGACGUCUCUCCUCUCUCUCUCCAGAAGUGUAAGCAGCUGUGUUGGCCCUUCUGUUCGGUGUGUAAACGUCACUUUAGGACGCCCAGGAAGUUUGUGGAGCACAUGAAGUCUGCAGAACACAAACAGCAGGUCAGCAGGGGGCACAAUUUACACAUUAGUUUCAUUUACUCAUUUUUUUUUUUUUGAGCUCUGUAAGACUGACUAAACAUUUCUGUCUCCUUCAGGUGCAGCAGGAGAAGGCUCAAGAGGAUGAGCUGAUCAUAGUGGAUGCAGUCGGCUGCUUUAAGGGAGAGGAGGAGGAGGAGGAAGAAGAGGAAGAGGAAGAGGAAGAGGAGGUGGAGGAAGAAGUAGAGGUAGAAGUAGCUGAAGUUGAAGAAGAAAACGCUCCAGGAACAGAAGACGCAAGGGAGGAAGCAUUUGAGGUAAAGACCUCUCACCUGCUUUGUGAUAGAGUUUAGUGUGAUAGAGUACUGUGUGGAAAGACCUCACUUAGUGUGUGUGUGUGUGUGUGUGUGGGGGGGGGGGGGGGGGGGGUUUGUUUGUGUUACAGGCAGCAGAUUCAUCCAAAGCUGACCCAGAAGAAUAUGACCCUCACACCACAUAUGGUAUGUACCUGCAGCUACAGAACUGGUGUGUUUACACCAAGAGGUCCAGUUUGGUUCAGCAAACCCUGAUCUUGCCUGGGUUUUACAUCAGACAGUCCCGUACCCUUGGACAUCACAGAAAAAGCCUCCGAACAGCAUGGUUUCUGUGCCGUACUGUAUGUCCAAUAAUCAGACUGUUAAGACUGUCAGGGCCACCAGACAUACAGGAACAGAACAAACCCAAGGUUGUCUGAAGAGGCCGCUAAGGUUCUGUAUGUAUCGCCAAACUUGUCUGGAACUAUAGUUGGUUCAAAGCUUUAAUCAUCGAUCCUGAAGUUUUGGCUCAUCAGUCUAUUUGUUUUUAUUAAGUUCAUAAAAUCUUAAAACAUGUCGAGUCUUCAAAUUUAAUAAAAAAGGAAACCCUCAUGAUAAAAAAACAACUUCCACACCUGCAAGGUCAAACAACCUAUCACUCCUCCUCACACCUGGAGACUUACAGCUUUGUGUCAGGGCUCCACCCAGUGUUCAGAGUCAGAAUUACAUACUAAUUAGUCAAGGAUUCUUAUCUCAGUUAAAGACAAAAUCAAAUUAAAUACAAAUUUUAGCUCCAAUCAGGAAAAAAAAAGUCUGGAAUCAAAUAUCAACUGGACUUCCUAUAGUUUGAUGCAUUUUGGUUCAGUCUUAAAAAAAAAGGUGUAGCUCAACUAUUUUCUAUUACUUUUUCCUACAUUAAUGUUAUUUUUUGGUUUUAUUUUGGGUACACUUAAAAAUCUCACAAAAAGAGCUGUUUUUUUAAAGGACAAACUUGACUUCCAACUUGAUUUUGAUUCUAAGAUUAAAAGAUAAACUAAAGUAAGAUAAAAUAAAUAUCAGUGCAUCUCUCUGUGCCUCCACAGGUGGUAGUUUUGUGGUUCCUGUUUCGGGCUUCCUGUGUCGACUAUGUAACAAGUUCUUCUACAAAGAGACGACAGCACGACACACACACUGCAGGACACACACUCACUACCUCAAUCUGCAGGUAACACACACACAGACACACUCGCCUCAAGCUAACCUUUAUCACCAGGACAUGAAGCUGGAGUCUUUAAGCUUAUCAAAGUGUCAGUGUUAACUGAGAUGUUAACAGAGAUGUUUCAAUCCAUCCUGCUUCAGUAUGACAGGCUGCAGCUCACAAUCCAGCUGGUACACAAGUUUCUUCUGUAAGAUGUUUACAGUCAUCACCUGCCUGGUAUAACUGUUGUGUGGCUUCCUCAAGCAAGUCUGUGUGCUUGUGUCUGAAAUUUAAAAGAGGUUUAAUGGCUUGUGGUUAAUGUCUUUGACAGAAAAAAAUAUUGGAUUGGACUGGAUUAGAUUAAAUUGGAUUGGAUUGAAUAGGAUUUAGUUAGAUUGGUCUGAAUUGGAUUAAACCAGACUGGACUAGACUGGUUUAGAUUGAACUGGAUUAGACUGCUUUGAAUUUACUGGGCUGGACUGGAUUGGGUAGUAUUUAUUGUACCAAAGGGGUUCAUUAAUUUGCAAUAAAAGUCUAUGCAAGCGACAUGUCAUAACACAGGCAGUAUACAUAAUCAAAAAACAUACAUUCAUACAUAUAAAUUAAAUGUGUUACUUCAAUGGACACACAGAUAAAAUCAAACUGUAAUUUUUCUUUUCCAGAGUCACAGAGCUCAGAGGAAACAUGAAGAUAAGGAAAGAUCUGCUCUGACCUGA